AUGUUUAAAUGCUGGUCAGCUCUGUUAGUUCUUGGAUUCAUUUUUGUGGAAUCAGAAGGAAGGCCAUCCAAAGAAGUAGGAUAUGCCCUUAAGUCCUAUCAGCCUCUAAUAAGAUUGCGGCACAAGCAGGAAAAAAGCCAAGAAAGUUCAAGAAUCAAAGGAUUUCUGAUUCAGGAUGGCCCUUUGGGAUCUUGUGAAAAUAAGUACUGUGGUUUGGGAAGACACUGUGUUAUCAACAGAGAGAUGGGGCAAGCAGAAUGUACCUGCAUGGAGUUUUGCAAACGGCACUACAAACCUGUAUGUGGAUCUGAUGGACAAUUUUAUGAAAAUCACUGUGAAGUACACAGAGCAGCCUGCUUGAAAAAACAGAAGAUCACCAUUGUUCACAAUGAAGACUGCUUCUUUAGAGGAGAAAAUUGCAAGACAUCUGAAUAUAACAAGAUAAAAAACAUGCUUUUAGAUUUACAAAAUCAGAAAUAUAUUACACAAGAAAAUGAAAAUCCUAAUCGUGAUGAAGUAUCUCGGAAGAAGAUUUUGGUGGACCAAAUGUUUAAAUAUUUUGAUGCUGACAGCAAUGGACUUGUAGAUAUUAAUGAACUAACUCAGGUAAUAAAACAAGAAGAAUUUAGCAAGGAUGUGUCUGAUUGUACUUUGUAUGAUCUACUGAAAUAUGAUGAUUUUAACUCUGACAAGCACCUGGCACUUGAAGAAUUUUAUAGAGCAUUCCAUGUAAUCCAAUUGAAUCUUCCUGAAGAUCAGAAAUUAAGCAUUACUGCAGCAACUGUGGGACAAAGUGCUGUUCUGAGCUGUGCCAUUCAGGGAGACUUGCGACCCCCCAUCAUCUGGAAAAGGAACAAUAUUAUUCUAAAUAAUUUAGAUUUGGAAGACAUCAAUGAUUUUGGAGAUGAUGGGUCCUUGUAUAUAACUAAAGUUACCACAACUCACAUGGGCAAUUAUACCUGCUAUGCAGAGGGCUAUGAGCACAUCUAUCAGACUCACAUCUUUCAAGUGAAUGUUCCUCCAGUUAUCCGGGUGUAUCCAGAAAGUCAAGCUAGAGAACCUGGGGUAACUGCAAGUCUUAGGUGCCAUGCAGAGGGCAUACCAAAUCCUCAACUUGGCUGGCUGAAGAAUGGAAUUGAUAUCACACCAAAGCUAUCCAAGCAACUCACACUUCAAGCAAAUGGCAGUGAGGUUCACAUAAGCAAUGUGCGUUAUGAAGAUACUGGAGCAUACACUUGUAUUGCAAAGAAUGAAGCAGGAGUUGAUGAAGACAUCUCUUCUCUUUUUGUGGAAGAUUCUGCUAGAAAGACAUUGGCUAACAUAUUAUGGAGAGAAGAAGGUCUGGGAAUUGGGAACAUGUUCUAUGUUUUUUAUGAAGAUGGAAUCAAAGUGAUACAACCCAUCGAAUGUGAAUUUCAGAGACAUAUUAAGCCUAGUGAAAAGCUACUUGGAUUUCAGGAUGAAGUCUGCCCCAAAGCUGAGGGGGAUGAAAUUCAAAGGUGUGUGUGGGCCUCUGCUGUUAACGUCAAAGACAAGUUCAUUUAUGUUGCGCAGCCAACUUUGGACAGAGUUCUUAUUGUGGAUGUGCAGUCCCAAAAAGUGGUUCAGACAGUAAGCACAGACCCUGUUCCAGUUAAAUUGCACUAUGACAAGUCACAUGAUCAGGUGUGGGUGCUAAGCUGGGGUACUAUGGAAAAGACUUCACCAACACUGCAGGUAAUAACUCUGGCCAGUGGCAAUGUGCCUCACCACACGAUCCACACACAACCAGUGGGAAAGCAGUUCGACAGAGUGGAUGACUUUUUCAUUCCCAGCACAACGCUCAUCAUCACCCACAUGAGGUUUGGAUUUAUUCUUCAUAAGGAUGAAGCUGCACUACAAAAAAUUGAUCUUGAAACCAUGUCCUACAUCAAAACAGUUAACUUAAAGGACUAUAUGUGCAUUCCUCAAUCAUUGGCCUAUACACACUUGGGAGGAUACUACUUUAUUGGCUGCAAACCUGACAGCACUGGAGCAAUUCCACCACAGCUCAUGGUGGACGGUGUUACUGACUCAGUCAUUGGAUUCAACAGUGAUGUAACAGGCACUCCAUAUGUCUCCCCAGAUGGGCACUACCUUGUCAGCAUUAAUGACAUAAAAGGUCUUGUGAGGGUCCAGUACAUCACCAUCAGAGGAGAAAUACAAGAGGCAUUUGAUAUUCAUACAAAUCUACACAUAUCUGAUGUAGCAUUUCAGCCAUCCUUUACUGAAGCCAACCAGUACAACAUUUAUGGUAGCUCUAGUACACAAACUGAUGUGCUUUUUGUGGAGCUUGCCUCUGGAAAGGUUAAGAUGAUAAAGAGCCUUAAGGAACCACUCAAGGCAGAAGAAUGGCCUUGGAACCGGAAGAACAGACAAAUCCAGGACAGUGGUUUGUUUGGUCAGUACCUGAUGACACCUUCUAAGGAUUCUCUCUUUAUCCUAGAUGGACGACUCAAUAAGUUAAACUGUGAGAUCACUGAAGUUGAGAAAGGAAAUACAGUCAUUUGGGUUGGAGAUGCCUAG